UAGGAGAGUGAAGUUUUGUGGAAUGAUGUGACGGUGAUAAAACUUAGAGUAAUAUUUAAUUUAAAUCAGUCAAUUUAAGAGUACCAUUGAGAUUACAAUGUGAUAUGUGCUAUAUAAAAUAAUGUUAAGUUAAUAUAAAUCGCGGUCAGUGGAAUACGUUUUUCUUAAUCUAAUAAUAGUUUAAAAGUGUACAUUGUUUGAAUUUCUAGUGUUAUGAAAAAUUUAUGUUAAAAGUGGCGGGUGCAAAUAUGGGGCAGAGUCCGAGCUCUGUUCGGAGUAAGAGCAGCCGGAGAUCCUUCCGUAAUUUUAUGAGACGUUCUAAACUAAACAAGUCCAGUUUGAGCCAUACAUUCAGCUUGCCGCCUUCGGAGGAAUACCCUGAGCUGAUGAAUGUGAACACGGCGACUGAAGAGCAACUCAUGACCCUGCCUGGAGUAUCCAGGCAGGUUGCGCGGGAAAUUGUUCGUCAUCGUCAAAUGAUAGGAAGAUUCAAACGAGUUGACGACCUUGCUUUAGUCUCUGGCAUUGGUGCUGAAAAGUUAGAAUUACUAAGACCAGAGAUAUGUACAAAUACACGACGACAGAUAUCUAGAGCUAGUUCUUGUACAUAUUCAUUAGAUAGCAUAAGGUCCUCUUCAGAAAAUAAGUUAUGUUCAAUUAAUUCAUCCAGCGUUUUCCAAUUGCAAUGUGUGCCAGGCUUAAACCAAGAAAUAGCAGCAAAUAUCGUAGAUUACAGAACAAAGAAGGGUCCAUUUAAAUCACUAGAUGAUUUAAUAAAAGUAAGGGGUAUGGAUAUAGUUAGGCUGAGUACCAUUAAGCAACAUUUAAGCCUAGAACUUAGGAAAAGUGAAAGUGUUCAACAUUUGACCAAUGGACAUGUAAACGGCUGGAGAGAUCCAUCCCUAAAUGAAUCAGUUCUGAGUAGUGAACCAAAAACACCAAAAAGUCCCCAUAGAAAGAGUUUAUCUAUGCCCAGUAAGAUUGCUAUAACCUUGCCGAAUGGCUUUGCAACGGCCCCAGUGAAUGAUAUUUUGGAUUUACUGUCUGCAUACUCUCAUAGACCUAUUGUUGAGGAAGUAUUCACGCACGAAAGAGAUGGAGUAAGGUGUUGCCGUCUCGCAUCAUGGAAUCUUCAUCAACUUGGUGUAGAAAAAAUUACCAAUCCUGGAGUAAGGGAGGUGAUAUGCAGGACUAUUUUGGAAUAUAAGUUGUCAGUAAUAGCCAUACAAGAUGUGCUUGAAGAGAGAGCUUUGCAGACGAUCUGUGAUGAACUCAAUUCCCCCGCCCUCAGGAGGGUGAGGGAGUGGAGGUGUAAUAGUCACACUUGGCAGUACUGUUGCUCAAAAAAAUUUAACGGGAAGAACUUAGGCUUUAUAUACGAACGUUCGAACAAGCAUAUCAUAGUCGAGGAGGUGGGACUCGAUCAAGUACACCUGCUCACCGAGGAAAAUGUGCGGCGAAUGGUCGAAGAGCUGACGGCGUUUCGAAGCGAGCAGUUAGUCAUCUCUCCUCAAGCGUUUCUAAUAUGCGACCGACCGGUUGUAAUAGUCAACGUGCAAUGUAAGGAUCGUUUGAGUGAAGAGGACGGUGUUAGGCUGAGCGAGAUAGCAGAUCUCGCCCUCGCUAGCAAGCUGCAGCUGGCCUUCUUCGGUGAAUUCGUGAGAUGGGAUAAUUUAAGAUCGUUACAAAACUGCGAAUCGCUACUGGACCAAGCAAUCGUCACUUCUGUGGAUGCUACGCAGACGGGCCAGAGUGUUAUACUUUGUCCUGGGACCAUAGAAAAAAGCUGCUUUAACGGCCAUUCAGGUGUAAUCAGAUGUGGAUUGUGUCAUCUGGCUAUACCGCGAGGUUGGUCGUGGGGAGGACCUGCGUCGCCAUUUUGUCCCAUCUGGGUCGAACUAAAAGUGCCCGAUUGACAAAAAAUAAUCGUUAAAGUUAGUAACGAUUCAUACAUUUACUGUGCGACGACAGCACAUAUAUUGUUGUUACAAUUCUUUUUAUUCCAUUUGCUAUUUUAGGGCGGCCAUGUUUACCAAAUGUCACUUUUGCCGCCAAUUUCUUUUAUUCUCUUUUUCUGACCCGAUCUUAAGUUAUUCGCAGUAAGCACAGAUUAAUGAAAAAUAUAUUUUUAAUAAUCAAUGCCAUGUUUACAAUUCUUAAAAAAAUAAUCGUAUUAUUGUAAGAAGAUUCUGUAUAUUUUCUGUACAUUUUAGUUAUUUAUGUAUUAUAACAGUUAUUUUUAUUAAUAAAAAAGAGAUGUAUUUCUGUAUAUACAUGUAUUUUUUAAACUGUAACUGUAACCGACACGUGUUUUAUUAAAAUAUUGUUUUUUUUUUUUUUUUUUAAAUUUUAUUUAGUGAGAUGUACUUGCGUCCUUUUAGCCUAAAUUAUUCAUAAAAAUCAUAAUUAUGUUAAAAUAUUGUACAUUUAUCGGGAUUUAAGCUUAAUACCGUAUUACAUUAAAAGUUUUAAAAUAGAUUUCUCAAUUUCACGUUUUCUGAACUUUUCGAAACUAUUGAAAAGUUGCCAAAUGAUAUUAUGAAUUUUUAAUGUGUCAAGAGAAUUAAAUAAUAGACAUUAUAGAGUUUUGAAAUCGAUUUGACGUUUAAGCUUAGCAUUUUGUAGGACUUCGUUAUAAAUCGUUUUAAAAUAAAAUGCUAAAAUGAAACAGCGUACCUGAUAUGCUUUGCUUUUUAGGACGUGAAUACGUUAUCCGAUACGAUAAUUUUAUCGGACAAUGAAUUGAUAUCGGGAACCUUGACAUCACGAAAGUUAAUUUCAACGUUAAAUAUGACGGCAACAAUUUUAUAUGUAACGUUUGAGUGCAAUAUGCCAAUAAAAGUUUUCGCUUGUGUCACAUGUACAAAGUUACACGAGUUUUUUUUUUUUAUUAUAAUACGCAAAGGUAUUGUAACUUGCAAAUUAUGGGCUCCAAUAUGAUUCUCUAACUUGAAACUUAUCUCGAUGUUUUGUCGAUUAUCGUAUCGAAUGGCGUAACAACGUUCUUAGGACGUUAGGAAUAAUGAAAUUUAUAAAAAAUACGACGAUUUUCGUAGAGUUGAAUCACUAAAAACAUCUAUUUAAUUACAGAGAUCUAUUUAAUAUUUUUGUAUUAUUGUAUGAGGAAUUGAUCUCGUAUUUAUUAAAUAAUCUCGGAGAAUGUAACAAAUAUUUAAAUGUUGAAAAAGUUCCUUAAAUAGUUACUACUGAUUUAAGCGAAUCAAUUCAAUUAAAUAAAUAAAAAUAUUAGAGGUUGAUUUUUUUUGUUGUGAGUAAAAUAAACAAAUUAUAGAGCGCGCGUGUCAUUUGUAGUUCGUUGUGCCACCAUUGAGCGGGCAUAGACAAUGGCGUCCAGCGAAUAUUACCAAACUUUAUCGAAACUAGAUAUGUUUAAAACUCUUAUUUAUCAUAUUAAUAUACGUAAACUAAAGUAAUUGUCGAAUGCAUAUUAUAAAUUUUGUUUAGCGAGUGUUUAGCCUCACUUGAUUUGAUAUUUAAAAGAAGAAGAAAAUACUGAAAGAAUUACAUAAAUAAAGCAAAGCUAUUAGUAAUCAAUAAUAUACCGCUAAUGAUUGUUAUAAAUUCAAAUAAUUGAACAUUAACAAAAAAAAUUGCCUAGUAUUAUAUGACUAAUUACAGGAUACUUCUGUAUAUAAUUUUCUCGAUAUAAUUGAUCGCGAUUCAUACACGGUUCCAUGUGCUCUAUAACUUGCUUACUUACUACUCUAAAACCUAAAGUUUUCAAAUAGGCAAGUAACAAACCUAAUUGCCUUCCAAUAUGUAAUACAACUUUACGCCCAUAUUUAACUUUAAAUUAAUUUGAAUUUUCACAUAUAAAUAAAAUAUUAAACAAUGACUUGAAGUAAAUUAAAACGGAAUUACGAAUUUACAUUUAUUUGACACA